AACUCGGUCUCGCGGUACUUUUUACCUCAGGUUGAACAAGGGGGUAGGUACGCUAGCUACCUAGUGGUUUUGUCUAUGACAAAAGUAUAUCAGAUGAACGUUAGCUACCUAUAAACACUUAUUUUAACAAUAUAUAAAUACUUUUAAAAUAAUUGACAGUACUGUAAAGUUAGGCCGCUAGCUACUGGAAAUUAGCUAACGACAAACCAACAACGUUCACGAUGGCAGCUGGAAAGAUGUGUAGUAGGCCAAAAAAACAGGAGACAGCAGAGUGGACCAGCUUAUUUCAAAACGAACUGAAAACUGAAGAAAAGUCCCUGGUCUUUGUGAAGCGAAUGAUGGCCCUCGCCGUUUCUUCCAUCACAUAUCUCAGAGGAAUAUUCCCUGAGGACGCCUACAGAUCUCGAUAUCUAGAAGAUUUAUGCAUCAAAGUUUUACGAGAAGACUGCACAACACCUGGUGUCUGCAAAAUUGUAAAGUGGCUGAUGGGGUGCUUCGACGCAUUAGAGAGAGGAUAUCUUCAGGUUGUGUUUAUUGGGGUCUGCACCAAUCCAGAUAAUCCCAACUGCAUCAUCGAGUCAUACCAGUUCAAGUUCACAUACACAGACAAAGGACCACAGAUGGACAUUCUGAGAAACCAGAAUGUGGAGAUGCAGAUCACGAUGGAGGAUACCAAGAAGGCCUCUGUCCUCUUGAUCAGGAAGCUGUUUCUCCUCAUGCAGAACUUGGACGUGCUCCCCAAUGAUGUCUGCCUCACCAUGAAGCUCUACUACUUUGACGACAUCACCCCUGCUGACUAUGAGCCUCCAGGUUUCAAGGAGGGGGUGAACGACAACCUGUGGUUCGAGGGCAUGGCAGUGCACUUCAGAGUGGGUGAGGUGCACACCCCUUUCCACGCCCUGAAGGUGAGGGUGGCGGCGGAGCAGGGCCGUGUGGAGAAGCUGCAAGAGGGGAACUACCUGAAGGAGAGUCAGGUCUCCACGGCUACGCAGAGCACUCUGCCAGGGCUGGCGCCAACCGGUGCACAGGAUCCUGACAAUGAGAGAUACAAAGAAGAUGACUUUCCCUCUGAAGAUGAGUCUGCACAGUUCAAGAAACCCAAGAAACCUGUGGCAAAGAGUAAAGGUGAUGCCAAUAAACUGGCAACGAAAAAAGGAAGAAAAGAGCAAUAAAAAUGUUUUGAUGAAGACAGCA